GCCGCUAACCCGCCGUGGUCUUCGCGUCGAUGUUCGGCUUCACGCGAAUGACUUGGAGGUCGACAUCUCCACCAUCCUCCACAUGGCGCCCAAGACGUACGGAGACGAGGGCGACGAGCCUGCAGCGCCCUACCACGAAUCCUCCGACGAAGACUUCGACCCCGACUCCGUCCCCGCCGACGACGCCCCAAGUUCAUCCGAGGAGGAAGACGCAGCAGCACCAACAGGGCGCGCCGGGAAACGGAAAGCGCGCACCGACGACGAACUCGGUUCCGGUGAUGAGGCCACGAUAGAAGCCGCUCGGAAGACGAGGGCCAAGAAGCGGAAGAAGGGCAGCAACGAUGGCGGCGAGGAUUUGCCAGUGUCGGAAGACGAAGGCGGCGAAGGUGGGCUGAUCAAGACCAGAGCACAGCGCGCAGUGGAGCAGAAGGCGACGAGACCACUGGCGAGGACAGAGGGGGCGACCGUGGAUGUCGAAGCACUAUGGGCACAGCUGAUGGCCGCGCCGUUGCGCCCCGUACAGCCAGCGCCCGUCCACGAGACCUCUGCAAGCAAAGACGCCGCCCCAGCCGCCGCCCCAGCCGCCGCCCCAGCAGUCACCCAAACAGCAGACCCCCCCGUUGAAGAAGGGCUCCUCACAGUCACAAAGACCUUUGUCUUCGCCGGUCAACACACAACAGAGGAGAAGCAGAUCCCGCGCUCCGCCCUCGCAGCGUACACCGCAGAAGGCUGGAAACCCGCAUCCGCCGUCAAGCCCCCAGAAGCCGCUGAAGACGCCACGCCGAAGACCGCAGACGCGCAGAUUCGCCGUCCGCCAAGACGCCCAAGCCGCUUCGACCCCAACCCCACGGGCUACGUCCGCGCCCUCGCGCCCGAGCACCAACUCACAUGGCCGCGCAAGACCGCCCUACCCGCCGCACCACCGCCGCACAGUACGCUCGAUGGGCCGAAGAAGCCCGAGAAGGCGACAAAACUCAACGUCGUGGACAAGAGCCGUAUGGACUGGACGGGCUUCGUGGACAAAGAGGGCAUUGCCGAGGAGCUGCAGGAGCACGGCAAAUCCAAGGAUAACUACAUGAGCAGACGAGAUUUCCUGGCUGGUGUCGAGGCACGACGCGAGGAGGAAGGCCGGAAAGGCAGAGUUGCGAAUGCGACGGCGUUGGCGUAGGACGCGCUGGAGGAUGCGUUCGCCAAGUUAUGAUACCCCGUCUCGCUACUAUCUCUCUACCCCGU